CUCUCUCUCUCUCUCCUUCGUUUUUCGAUCACUGGAAAACUAAUCUCUGCCUGCAAUGGAGGUCGGUCCAGCUUCACCGACUGAGGCAAACGAAACCAAAGACCUCAAAGCCCUAAUCUCCUUCUACUCCAACUACCUCUGGAGCCGAGUCCUUGAUUUCUUCCCCUCUUCCGAUUACAACUUCCUCUACAGGAUUCGAGCUCGCGCCGCCGCGUCACGGCGGAGGAACCGUGCGUGUCUGCCGCUCCCUCUGCCUGCGAAUAUACUCGAGUCUUGCCGGACGGCGAGCCCGGAGGCGUCUAGAGUUUUGGAUGUUCUUCAUGACAUUCUGCAGAACACCUUCUCCAAUUUGCACAAUGUCCAGAAGAACCUGCAGUUUUGGGAAUCUAGGGCUGAGGGAUCAAAAGCUCAGAAAGUUAAGUUUAUGGUACUUGAGAGAGGUCCUCAGGCUUUUGUUGAUGGUACAAUUCAGCUAUUAAGUGGAUAUGAUGGUGAGAGUUCGUCUGUACAGAAUAUGUACCUGUCUGCAUCGGCUCACAUUUCUGAGAGGAUAGCGGUAUUGACUAGCUUAAGAUCUUCUCUUGCCACUUUUUUGGCCCAGUUUUACAUGGAUAUUGAAAAGUAUGGAGAAGAGUUGGUGGAUGAUCCAGAGAAUUCGUUGCGCUCCUUGUUAGGUAGAAUUAAUGACUUGUUCUUCAAAUUAGAGGCGUCUAUUGGCCAUCUCCAUGCAAUGCGCCCGAGUAAUUCGUCUGUUGAGGGAAGCUAUUCACUUCCGCUCGUUUUUGAGAAAUUGCCUGAGAUAAAUCAAGAUGGGUCCCAGUGGACAGACCCUGAAAUUAGGGAUUCAAUCAAUUUGAUAUCUCAAAAUUUGGAGAAACUGGAAUCUCACAUAACUGUUAUGGUUGACAAACAUCGGAAACCAAGGAGAGUAACUCAGUAUUGGAUUCGUUAUACAUGUGGUGCAGUUGGCCUCUCAGUUUGUACGGUGUGGCUCAUAAAACAUAGUCGUUUGUCAGGAAGUCAUGACAUAGAUAAUUGGAUUCGGGAUGCUAAGGAUUCAACUGUCAGCUUCUGGCGUGAUCAUGUUGAGCAACCGCUGCGGUCUAUUAGAGAUGAGCUUUUUGAGACAUUCAGGCAACGACACAGAGGAAUGAUGGAGCUUGAAGAAGUGAAACUAACCUCUAAUUCUUUGCACAGAAUGUUGCUGGCUUUCAGUGAGCAGACAAAAGGUCAAAAGUUCCCAGAGAAUGCAUCUGAUCAGGAAAUGCUUGAAAUAGUUAUGGCUAGGUAUGAAAAGGAACUUGAACAUCCUAUUCAUAACCUAGUCAAUGGUGAGCUGGCUCGUGCUUUGCUGAUCCAGGUUCAGAAGCUAAAACUCGAUACUGAAACUGCCAUGCUCGAACUGAACCAAAUUCUGAGGGCAAAUGAGAUAAACUUUGCAAUCCUAGCUGCAUUACCAGCAUUCUUUCUCUCCCUCAUUCUGCUUAUGCUAGUGCGUGCAUGGUUCAAACAGGAUACUAGAGCAGAAGGAAGGGGACGAGUUGCUCGCCUUCAGAGGAGGUUACUUGUUGUGGAAGUUGAGAAGAGGAUAAUGCAGUAUCAAACUUUUAUCGAUCAAGGGAUGGAGAAGGAAUCGCUAGACAUGUUCGGAUUGUUGUUGUAUAGUCUGGAUCGCCUAUAUUAUGCUGUCAAGGGGCACGCAAAAUCAACUGGGGAAUGGCAGUGGUUGUCUCAGGAUAUAAUGGACCUGGCAAAGCCCAGCCUUCAAACUGCAAACAAACUCAGAGUGACCUCGCGGAUGGAACGGGUUUAUGAUUGUUUACUUCCUGCAUUGCAGCGCCAGUAGGAAUGUCAUCUGUUUUCCCCUGUUCACUUUUUCUCUCUGAAUGUCGCAUCUAAAUCUUCCAAAUGAUUAAAAUAUGAGUUUCAUAUUUUCUCUUUUGUUAAAUGGUUUCACUGGUGGAAGUACAAUUGUGCAACCAAUGUAAGGAUCGUCCGUGCGAUGAAGCUUAAACGAUUUAGCCAUGUACUCACAAGAUUCUACCUCAGAAAUACUUGGUUCAUAUGUAUUCUAUAAUGAUUAAUAUCCUUGGCUAUGGG